CCUCACUGACCCGUGCACCGCCUACACAGACCGUUCCCACGCCACACCAGCCUGCGAAAUCUGCUGCUAAUCACCUCAGCUAGGCCUCGUGGGGAGAUCUGUCAGGUGAAGAGAUGGCUACAUUGCGCUUCGGGCAGCAUAUUAUAAAGGCAUCGGCUGUGUUUCUGCAAACAGACCUGUCCUUCGCUCUGGUUAAUCGGAAGCCUGUGGUGCCGGGCCAUGUGUUAGUGUGUCCCGUGAGGCUGGUCGAGCGUUUCCGUGACUUGCGGCCUGAUGAAGUGGCGGAUUUGUUCUGCACCACUCAGAAGGUGGCCGACGCUGUCGAGAAACACUUCAGUGCCUCCUCCUUGACCAUCGCUAUCCAGGACGGACCCGAGGCCGGACAGACGGUGAAGCAUGUGCACGUCCAUGUGCUGCCGAGGAAGCCUGGAGACUUCGAGAAGAACGACAGCAUCUACGAUGAGCUGCAGAAGCAUGACCGUGAAAGCGAAGACGUUGCAUCGAAAUGGAGAUCGGAGGAAGAGAUGGAGAAAGAGGCGACGGAGCUGAGAGAGAAUCUGAAUCUUAUUAUCAAAGUCCAUGAGAGGGUCAAAGCACAGGAGGCACAGGAGGUUACAGGAUAAUAAUUUGUAUUCACAAUCAGGGAUGACAGCAAAAAUUCUCGAGGAACCGGAACAACAUGGCAGAAGAAACUAAACUAAUCAAGGGGAAACACGAAACAAGUGAACACAUUAGGAUAGCCAAGCAAUGUCAGUAAAACUAAAAAGAAAAGCAAAACACUACACAUCAUGCUAGGAGACAGAAUUCAUGCCAGAAACCCCUAACAUUUUAUAGCUAUAUGGGUUGCCAGAUCUACCAAAAGUGAUCAUCAGCUCCACACAUAUUGCACCAUACUAUAACUCCAAUGAUUUGUGUCCGUUUAUCCAACAAUUGUUAUUUUUGCACAGAUAUUUCUUACAAAGAUGUAGAGAAGACACCUCAAUCCAUCGGUCAUUUAAUCUCAAUGAAGUCUAUAGCUUCUUGUUCCAGCUUCAUAAUAAAAGUGUCUAUUUUAAUAAUGUAUAUAAAUUUCAUCUUUCAUGCGUCCAGACAUGCCCAGAUAGGACUGUUUAGUUAUUUUCUACAUGCUUACUGGGUAUAUGACUCAAAGCAAAAACUUUCCAAUGGAUUGCAAUAAGAUUAAACAAGUCAUUUUUUAAUCCAUAAGCGAAACUAAAAAUCAGUUAUGAGAAUGAAACAGUAAUAAGAUGUGAAAGGAUUCAUCUUUUAACAGUUAAAUUAUGUAAUGCGUGCAUUUAUACAAAUUUAACAUAAGUGUGGCCCAGUCUCGACCAGUUGUGGAUCUUCUGAGACAGAUGUAAAGCCUGAGCAAAGUCUUAAUCUACGUAACUUGAUGAUGUUCAAGUGAACACCAUGUAUUUCGAGUCAGAUUACGCUAGCGUAAUCACAGCAAUGUUAGCUAAUGUUAAUCGGUAAGAGCUACUUAACAACAAACAUCUACUACAUCUACAGUCCACACUUCAUUUUAAUUCAUUUCAGUUUAUAACAUUUCUGACCUCUCACCUCAUUGGCAGGAAUUGUAGUCUACGAUAAAGCUGCAAAUUCCUCCCUCAACAUCACCUGCCUCCGGAAAAAUCUUCUCAUACAUGCAGCGUGAUUAAGUCUGCAUACCUUUUUCCACACUUUAUUUUUGCUCAAAAUAGUAAACAAUGUGUUUUUCGAGCUCUCCAAUUUCUGGCAUAGCUAAACAGAGCUGAACAGGAAUUCUUGUCAUGGAGUCAAGUGUAUUUAAGGGAUAAAAACAGCUUCAUUUGCAGCAUUUCUGACAUUAUGAGAAACACAUCUCUCACUGCCAUGGAAAUAAAUGAGGCGACGAGAUUGAUAGUGAUUCAACUGAUAUGUUUCGUUCUCACGUACGUCUUUGCUGCUUGAUGAAGCUUGUCAUGUUGAUCUGACGCAGUUUAUGUUUUAAACAACAUUUCCGCAAAAAAAAAACCUGUCGACUCCUCGCGUCUCCAAGCUCGACUGAGUGACAAGCAGUUACAUCUUCCAGAUGUAAAGCCACCUUCAGACACAUGAUGAACUUGGCCUGGAUUUCGGAGUCUGCACAAAUCCCACAUGGUAGCUGGUGUUCAGGCGUAUUACCAACAUCAUUUGGCAGUAAUGGAUUCGGCGCAGCGAGACAUUUACCAGCUAAGUUAAAUGGACACGUUGGCCAUCAUUGUGCUUUGGGAGGAGCAGCAGCGAGACCUCAGGGGUAAUGUUCUUUUCUCCCUGCCCUCCGUGUUUUAAUCAUUAACACUGCCAUUUUGGGGAUGAGAUUAUAAUGGCUGCUGGGUGCCCGAGGUGGAUGAGUUGGGGAACAGGCUCCCAUUAAUGACCGUUUUUAAACAAGCACUCGUCUCUGCGGUUAAAGGACACACGGCGCUCGCAGGGUAAUGGCAGGGCUCUUAGUGUGGAUGAAUUUGGCUCAGGAUGUAGGGUGGGGUGAGAGAGGAAGACAAAAAUAUAUCACUAACCACUGUGGUUAUGUGGAGUGCAUGGGGAACGGUUACUUACUUAAAAAAAAAUCUUUGAAAUUACGGUUUUGCAUAGAUAUAAAGAAUUUGUGAACAGCCACACAGUUUGUCAGGUCAUCAGCUCUCUCAAUGGGCUUUACAAAGCUUGAAAAAUCCAAAGCCCUGCAGGCGAAAUGCUCCAUGAAGGAAGGAAAAUCCUAAUACCCCAAACACAUUUAGGAAGGUAAGGACAUCCAAUAGAUGCUGAAAUCAGGAAAACAGCCAAAGUGCAGUCACUAUUCUGUGCUCCAUACCAAUUUGGGGCGCCGAAGCAUGCUCAAUGCGUCUAUAUCCUGCGGCUAUGGCGCUAAAAAGAAGGGAUUUUUUUGCUCCAAAUAGUUUCUAAACUCUAUUAAGUCAGCCGUUCUCUUCCAGUCGAUAUAAUAGUUCCUCCUAAGUGCUUCAUUUGAGGGUGUUUUGUGAGCGCAUUGCAUUGCGGGGACGUUCCACAACAUUAAAUGUAACUAUAGACUGAUAAAAAAAAAUAAAUAGACGUGUCACUCUUAAAUAAGAAUAGUAAUAAUUGACAAAUUGCUGUAAUAUUAGAGGAACUAACACUUCAGGACCAUCCCAGCGUUGAUUAUUUUCCUGUAACAACACAUCUUCAUAGCAGUAGACGUAGCUUUAUGUUUUAAUGUUGACAAAUAUAUACUGCAGUCUUACACUUCGAAAGCUACACGCUUACUUCAGUGGCAUAGUUACUUUGCAAAGAGCUAAAUAAACAACUAAACCUUUAGAACGUGUUUUUUUGCUGCUAUAUAUUUUUACCUCAGUAUGCUGUUUCUAACUUUGCUAAGGAGAAUAUUCUAGAAGGCAAAGAAAAACAUUUUUUCCUAUGUUGAUGUGCAAGACUUUUGUGUGUGUGUGUGUGUGUGUGUGUGUGUGUGUGUGGCAAGCAACAGUAAGAAAACAUUCAGGGAAAACUAACCACUAGUUAAUAAUUAACAGCUCCUCUGAAGCUAGCUGUAUUAUUUAGCCUGUUUUGGUUUCCACGCCUGAAUAUGCUAGUCACUGUUGUCUAAAUAGUUAGCAUGUCUGUGUGUGUAUUUAUCCAUGACUGGCCUCUUUUCUGAGAUAAAACAGUGUAGCCUUUAACCGUUAGCAUUUUAUUUGUUAGCCAAAAGCUGUUAUUCAUUCCAGAGAAUGUUUUACCCUUAACAAGAGCACGCUAAGGUUUAAACCAAUGUGUGUAAAAUGUGUAAAUCAUUAUCUGGCCACAAAGAAAGGUUCUGAAUCUUACUGUUGUGGCAAACAGUGAGGUAAAACUUACUGCUAGUUAAUAAUUAGCAGUACUAGCAAGAGCUAGCUGUAUCAUUUGGCCUGUUUUGGUUUAUUUCUGUGUUCCUCAGCUGAAUAUGCUAGGCGCUGCUGUUUAAAUGGUUUGUGUGUGUGUGUGUGUGUGUGUGUGUGUGUGUUUAUCCAGCAAUUUUUACAUAACUAGCGUUUUUUUCUAAGGUAAUGUAUUUUACACAGCAUAGCCUUUAACUCAUUUGUAGCCUGUUAGCAUUUUUAUCUGUUAGCCAAAAGCUGUUAUUCGUUAGAGAGGCUGUUUUACCCUUUACAUGAGCAUGCUAGGGGUAAAAGCAAUGUGGGUAAAAUGUGUAAAUCGUUAUCCGGCCUCAAAGAAAGGUCCUGAAUUUGUAAAUAGAUUUAGCUCGACUUAAUUAAAAACACAUUAGGUUACAGGAGAUGGGACGGUCAGAGGAGGCCCCUGGUGCAUACAUUGCUUGUGGCUAGUCAAAUGAGAUGAUUGUGUAAGCGUGCUCCAAGGUUGACCUUUGCCAGUGGUGCUAGAAGUAGAGAGGAACCCAAGAGAGCUUGUGUCAAUAACACGUCAGUCUCGUGCCUAUGGGCUACACACUGCAUUAAACUUGGCUAUGUUUCACACCAGGAUUGUUAAAUUAAAUCUGUUUCUAUUGAAUUAGAUCUAAUUAUGUUGUGUGAUUCUGCUGCUAAUAUUUUUUGUGUCGAGGUUUGUGGUUGUGCUGCACUGACUCACGUCACCGGGGGGAUGUUGCUGUUGUGGCUAGUUGAGUCACGGAAAAAAUAAAAUGUUCUCAUAUAUAAGGGGUGAUAAUCAGAUUUUUGCAGAGUUUGUUCCUGAAUAGAGAAGGGGGAAAAAAGAGAAAUAUUUAUAAAAUGAAUAGAAUGUUAUAUUUUAUCAAAUCAAGAUUUUUCUAUUUCUAUAUGAAAGGACUUAAUUUAACAUCUGUGUGUGUGUGUGUGUGUGUGUGUGAGUGAAGAAUCUGCUUUGGCUUUUCAGACCAAGCCACAACAGAUACAAUGCAUUCUUAGGGCUCCCCAGGGCCAAACCUUCAUUUCAACCCUUCUUCUAUCACUCUCUUCAUCUCUCUCUCUUUCUCUCUCUCUCUCUCUCUUAUGUAGAGUCCCUACUAUUUGCCCUGCCCAUCUAGACUUCCUCCUAUUUGUUUUCUGCCCUCUCUCUCCUCCUUCCUCCUAUUUGUCUUCUGCCUUCUCUCUCAUUCUCUAUUUCUCUCUCUUUCUCUUAUGUAGAGUCCUUACUAUUUGCCCUGCCCGUCUAGACUUCCUCCUAUUUGUCUUCUGCCCUCUCUCUCUCUCUCUCUCUCUCUCUCUCUCUCUCUCUCAUGUAGAGCCCUUACUAUUUGCCCUCUCUCUCCUCCUUCCUCCUAUUUGUCUUCUGCCCUCUCUCUCAUUCUCUAUUUCUCUCUCUCUCUCUCUCUCUCUCUCUCUCUCUGUUAUGUAGACUCCUUAUUAUUUGCCCUCUCCAUCUACACUUCCUCCUAUUUGUCUUCUGUCCUCUCUCUCUCUCUCUCUCUCUCUCCCACUACAUCUUCAUGGCUCACUAAAACUGUUCACUCGACGGUUGUCUGUAGACCUGCAGGGCAUUUUAAAUGGAGCUUUGAUCUCUGUCUCCGAACACACCCCAAGUUCACAAGAACAGGAGACAGGAGGGAAAAAAGUGAGGCUAGUAGCACAUUUGGAUGUGCUCUAAUGAACAAAUUCCCACUGAGAACUCUGUAGAUCUGCCCGUUCAGAAGCAUGCGAUGAGACAAACGUUUGUGCUGCUCCUCCACCUCGUCCUCUUAAUGGUUCUGCUCUUUAUAUCAGACAGCAUAUGGAAAUUAAAUCGAAGUGCUUUGUGUACAUGUUCAUGAUGUUCCAGGAUACGCCUACAUAUACACAAAUGGUUUUCUCGAAAGCUUGUCACGAAGGUUCACAAAAAGACAAACGAGAGCUUUUGGUUUUCUUGCAAGCCAAAGAAAGAUCAUGCUAACAUUAUGUUAACAGGCAGCCCAAUGCAUUUACUACAUUCUCAUUACCUGCCUGUUUUAGGGGCAAGGUGGUUUAAUGUAGCCUGCUACUGUACUUUGAAAUUGGGGGUAUGACAUGAGGCAUACCGAAAACAACCACCAUCCCUACAGUGAAACAUGGUGGUGGUAGCAUCAUGCUCUGGAGAUGCUCUGGCUUUUCAUCCUCAGAAGCUUCUCAGGGCUUCUUGAGCAAAAUAUUGUGAGACUUUACUAGCAAAAUCAAAACAAGUCCAAAAGCAAAAUAGGAGUGGCUAAAAACAAAACAGUGGCCAGACCUGAUUCCCAUUGAGUCGGUGGUUUAAAACUCGCAGUCAAACAAACAAAAUCCAACCAACCUGAAGAACCUGUGAGCAGAUCUGAAGGGGCUAAAUACUUGUGCAAGCAGGAUUUAUUUUUGUCUUUGAAAAUGUACUUUAAGGAUUACAAUAAAAAUUAUUCUCUGGAACUGUCAAGUGUAAGUGUCAUCUGUAAUCCUAAAGAAUCUGAUGCCUUUGAAGGGGGGUGAAUACUUUUGCAAGUCACGUUUAAGCCACGCCUGCUUUAAUUUUAACCCUGACCAUGUAUGCAUAUACACCAUAUAUCUUCCAGUAAUAAAGUAUUCACCCUGCUAAGUAGUCUGUUUUUAUCUUCUCGCCGUGUUUCUAAAUCCUUUUAUCUCCUAAGAAGUGGCGAGGCAGUCUAUAGCUCGGAGGGGUCAUGGUAAGUCUUUAUCAGAGAGACUCUCUGCUUCUCUUUGGCGUGAAAUAAUUUGAAAAUGAGGAAAAGGUCACUUGUGAAAUGAGGUCCGCUUCAGUUUGAAGGAGGGCGGAAAAAAAAGAAGAGAAAGGAAUCACUCGAUCAGGGUGUGACUUGAGUAAAGUACGGAGGAGCCCGAGGCCCCAGCGGAGAGGACGAGGCGAUCCGAAGAUUGAUUCCACCUCCGUCUCUGGCUUCCCUACUAUAAUUCCCUCUAUCUGAUCAUUCAUCUCGAUGCUAUGCCGAGCGCAUCCGACGCUUCUCUGUAUGCAGUGGAGAUUUCACACGAGGCUCCAGAUCUCCCGCGCCGCAAGCCCCAAUGGGCUCCAAAGGGAAGAAGAAUACACUUACAGGGAAACAUCAUUAUCUGUGAUUUAGCUUGGGACCAUCUCUCCCGAAUUGUGUGUACGCAAAGUCGAGGUAAUUUUUUUUCCCCCAUGCAUGCAGCUCAGGCAGGGAGGAAAAAGAGAAUAUGAUUUGGACCCAGCUGAUGCUACCGGGUCAUUUAUCAGCCGAACGCCUCGUCGCCUUUGGGGUUCGCUGUGUGAAUAUUUCCAGCUUGUUCCACUCAUAGGUUCUAGCUUCACCGCUACGGAAGAAAAGGGGUCGGCCCGAGAGAAGUUAGGACUCGGGGAAAAGUGAGUGAGCUUGUUUAUUUUCCAUAAAUAUGACGGGAGCACACAUGCAAGACACAUACAGCCCAACCUCCUUUCACAGACCAGUGAACUCCGUUCAUACCGAACUUACGUAUUUCUUCUUCAUUACCGAGCUCCUGCCAAGCACCUCCUUGGGCGGUGAAUGGAUGAAUUCCAUUUUUUCCCCCAAAAAAUCAAAAUGGCGGGUCAUGAAGGAGCUUGUACAUCAACCAGAUUUCUACUUCAGUCAUAUACACUGUGCUGUGAGGAUAUUCCAGUAUAUGAGCUCCUUGUCUCUGAGAAUGCAUCAGUGUGCAGAUUCUUAACAUGUUUAUAUAUGUCUAUUUGGUUUUGAAUUUAUUCGUGUCUUCUCCUUCUUCUUCUUUUCCCUUCAGGGGUGGCCACAGCGAAUCAUCUCUCUCCACCUAUCCCUAUCUUCUGCAUCCUCAACACUUACCCCCACUUGCUUCAUAUCCUCAUUUAUUACAUCCAUAUACCUCCUCUUUGGCCUUCCUCUUUGCCUCCUGCCUGGCAGCUCCAUGUCCAACAUUCUCCUACCAAUAUACUCACUCUCCCUCCUCUGGACAUGUCCAAACUAUCUUAACCUGGCCUCUCUAACUUUGUCCCCCAAACGUCCAACAUGAGCUGUCCCUAUGAUGUACUCGUUCCUAAUCCUGUCCAACCUUGUCACUCCCAAAGAGAACCUCAACAUCUUCAGCUCUGUUACCUCCAGCUCUGACUCCUGUCUCUUCCUCAGUGACCCUGUCUCUAAACCAUACAGCAUGGCCGGUCUCACCACUGUCUUGUACACCUUCCCCUUCAUUCUCACCGAUAUUUUUCUACCACAAUUUGAAUUUAUUUGUGUAGGUGUUCACAUUUACCAAUGGAAACUGAAAAGUGGUUUGUUUUUUCCCUCCUUCUUUAAAAAAUGCUAUAUGUUCAUUAUUAAUGCUAUAGUGUGAGGCCUGACAGCUACUUAAGCCACCAGUAACUCCAACUCCAUCAUCAUUAAACGUAAGUAAACACCAUGAAUAAAGUUUUUAUACCCAAAGCUCACCAACUCCACCAUUUAUCAUUUGUUGUGUGAUUCUUGGCUUUUUUUCUUUUUCUUUUUUAGCUACAGUAUGAAUCUUUCACCUUAGACCUUGCAUAAUUAUCAAUUCUGAUUGGUUUAUAUGAACACACUUGUCCUAAUACUUACGUUUCUAUAGUAAUUCCGGGACUUGUACAAUGUAUACUCAACAUAUAUGUUUAUUAUUUUAAUUCUUAAAAUGUGCAUAAUAAUGAAUUUCUUGAAGUUAUUGGGAGUCAAAGUUUUGAUAAAAAUGACGUCUUUAAUUAAUAAAACAUUUUUUUUAUUUGGCAGGAGGCUAUAAGUGGAAGAAAACCUGAUUCAUCGUUAAUUUCUUAUAUACUAUAUAUAUAACCUAUGAUGUCUGUGUGGUUAAAAAUUUCAGAUUACAUAUUUUUAUUUACUGGUUAGUGUAUAUUCUAUUGGCUUUGUUGUUAGGAUUUUG